AUGUUGACGAUUGAUCCUGUUCAUAUGAGCAUACAACCGAGAAGAGGAGCACGUCUUUCUCAACAUUUUUAUAAGCGCGUACAAAGAAAGCAGUUCUUGCCUUUACAGAAAGACAAUAAGACAGUUGAUGCAGCCAUGCAUAAGAACAGCCGGCAGACACAAGCAAAGUCAGAUGUUGUGCCAGUGGAGCAGGAAACCAGCAGAUUUGCCCCUUGUCCACUGAAAAUCAUUGAAGUUAAUGCCUUAGGUCACUUCAUCCGGAUAUUCAACUCUUCUCACCAUCACCUCGUUGACUUAAGUGGUUACAUCCUCUGGCAAUUGGAGGGAAACUACCCAGUUACCAUGUACCGGUUCCCACAAAAUAUAUUUUUGCCAGCUUUACGGCAUAUUACGGUUUGGGCAUCGGCAGCGAAUAUUUCCCACAAUCCUCCUACUGACCUGAUAUGGAAGGGAAGGAUCUAUUUCAGAAGCAAUCCACAAUGCAUCACAGUUCUAUCACGGGCCAGUGGUCAGCCUGUGGCUUCAUACACAGCAGCGGAUGUAUCCCCUCCAAGCACCCCAAGAAAUCUUGUAACAUCUACACGCCCAGAGAGCAUACGAAGACACAUAGCUGAAGCCUGUCCUUCUCACAAUACUUCCUCAGAGAGUGCAGGUCCCAGGACUUCCCUUACAUCAGCAAUUCCUGAUCUUCACUGCAGGAGGUGGCAGUCCAUGGCUUAUAGAUAUGGUGCAAGGCAGAACGUCGUGUCAACAGCUCUCAGAUCUUAUCCAGGCUCGACGCAUAGACAUUCAUCAUCAACUUCUAUUAUCGUUUACCCAACCAGAUUGAACCAAAACAGCCCAUUAGUACGACUUGUUACACAGUCGUCGGCUCGUUCCAAGCAUGGCUUUAAGUUUCUCAGUCACAUUCCUUUUACUUGUGACCUCUUGUGUUUGUAACCACAUGGUGGCCUCUACUUCUCUCCUAUAAAUACAUUCAAACUUCUCCCAUUCAUGUGAAAUGACAUACUAUGCUCCUUCUCAGUCAUAGAUAUCCAAGUGCACGCUGACAAGUAACUACAUCAGCAACACUUUACUAUCUUUGAACCUUCCACUAGAUGUCACAUCCAGACAUGAUGAUCUUCUGCUUUUCAUUUGAAUAAACAUGCCCUAUCGAGCUAGGUUUAUAACAAUAUGACAGCUUGUCCCUAGAUAUCUCAGCUUAUUUCUCCUGUGUCAUACCAGUUGAUAAAAAUGGGCCCCUUCCCAAUGUGAAGGUAAAGUUGAGAUGUGAUUUGUAUGUUAUAAAUGUGUUUACAAACGUCACACACUCACAGGUUGCCAUUAGAGGCAAUGUCUGCAUGUACAAUUCUGUACAAUUCUCUGAGACUGGUCCGUUAAGCUGUGCAAGCCAUACCGAUGAAGGUUACAGGGAUAAAUUAUGACUCCAACAACAUCCAUGUGUGAAACCUGUACAUGAUGUGCACCCCUUGAGUUGAACCUCUACUCAAGAAUUCUGAUAAGUCACAUUUAACUAACUAACCCUGUAAGCAGGGGAGGGCUAGCAAUUUUUGGGAGAACAAACAAAAUGUGCAAAUUGCCAGCCCUCCCCUGCUUUCAGGGUUAGUUAGUUAGUUAAAUGUGACAUAACAAAAUGUAUCUA